AUGUUGGAGUUACUUGGUACAAAGAAGGACUGGCCUUGGCUCCUCGGUUUUAAUGGUUUCGCUGCGUUGUUCCAGCUCUUCACGCUGCCAUUUCUCCCAGAGUCUCCCAGAUUCCUGCUGCUGGAGAGAGGGGACAGCCAGGCCUCGGCAAAGGCUUUUGAAAGGCUCUGGGGUAAAAACGACUACAGCAGGGAGCUGGAUGACAUGAUGAAGGAGAAAGCCAGCCUUCACAGUAUCCCUAACCAAUCAGUUUUGGAGCUAUUUCAGAGCCGAUCGCUCCGCUGGCAGCUCCUCACCAUCCUCAUUGCCUUCAGUUCCCUUCAGCUGUCUGGCAUCAACGCUGUGUACUUUUAUUCCUUUGAAGUCCUCAGUGCAGCAGGAAUUCCACAUGAUAAGUUAGCUUAUGCAGCGCUGGGAACAGGCCUGUGUGAACUCGUCACAUCUACAACUUGUUUCAUCAUUAUUGAGAGUAUGGGCAAAAAGGUUCUGCUCUACAGAGGCUACAUCGCCAUGUCUGUAACUCUAGGUCUUCUCACCAUCACUGUAUACUUCCAAAAAUCCGUCUCCUGGUUGCCAUACUGCAGUUUGGUUCUCGUCUUCUUCUUCAUUUUCUUUUUUGCUAUUGGACCAGCUGCAACAACGGCUCCUCUUCCCGGAGAAAUCCUGCCUCAGUCCUUCAAAUCUGCAGGAUACACUCUAGGCUGCACCAUCAACUGGAUGGGCCUGUUCGCACUGGGGAUGCUUUUCCCCACCAUGGUGGAGAAUCUUGAGAGUUUCUGCUUCCUCAUCUUUCUGGUGUUCUGCCUCGUCUGUGGGCUGUACGUCGCAUUCAACGUGCCCGAGACGAAGAACCGAACGGUGCUGGAGAUCACUGCGGAGUUUGAGAGGAUGCACUGCAAAGAUGAAACAUCACAGAAGAAGAAGCCCGAACAGGAUCUCAGUGGAAUCAAAUCCUGUAGUACCAAAUUCUGAUUCACACAGGAAAGUCUGCUAAGAUUCCUGAACAGAUGACAUUUUAGUGCUUUUAAAUUAAGAGUUUCUCACGCAGAAAUGAAAAGUUAUUUGUGUCAUGAUAAAACUUUAUUUUCCCAUAAACAAACAAGCAUGAGUAUUAGAUAUCCUUGCUCAUACAAAGAAAAUCACAAUUUAAAUCUCUUUUUUUUAAGUUAAAUAAACUUUCCUUGUUUUUCAUGAAGCAUUUAUGUAUGAAAGUUGUUCUUUUUC